UGGAAAGUCAAUUAACAAAGGAAAUUAAUGUUCAUCACCAAAUCCCUGUAGACAAUUACUUAUAUAUCUUCAUAUACUAAGUGAAAGUUACUAUUCUUUCAUUGCCAAAGUUGUGAAGAAUUAUAUUUUGUGGCCGGUGCAGGCAUGGGGAAGGCAAGCAAAUGGAUCAGAAAUAUCUUGAUGGGGAAGAGAGAGGAGAAGGACAAGAAAUUUGCAGAUGCUUUAGUUUCUACACAAAGUUUAGGGACACCAAUGGAGAUUCUGCCAUCAACUCCUAAAGUUAAAAGGAGAUGGAGUUUUAAAAGAUCAAGCAGUACAAAACCCAUUACACACAAAAACAAUAGGUCUUUCGACUCAAUUAUGAAUCCCAAGUUAGAGUUUCUAGCAUAUGAGAAUGAAGAAGAUCAAGUUGGAAGAGUUUUGAUGGCAAGAGAUGAAUCAAGAAAUAUAGGAAUGGACAUACAAGCAAAUAUUGCGGCUACCAGAGUUCAAGCUGUCUUUCGUGCUUAUUUGGCAAGGAAGGCGUUGCGAGCUUUAAGAGGAUUAGUGAAAAUACAAGCUCUAGUAAGGGGUCACCUGGUAAGAAAACGAAUGGCUGCUGUUUUAAGGUCCAUUGGUGCUGUAAUGGCAAUUCAAGUUAGAGCUCGGGUUCAGCGAGUCAAAAUGGCAGAUGAAACGAGAAAAACUUCCAGGGAAUCAGCUUUGGACUACCAGCGCAGGAAUGGAUUUCGGGUCAGUUCCCCGGUUUAUUCACAUAAAAUUAUGAUGCAUGCAAGAUUUACAGAAAUUUCAGCACAUAUUGAUAUCAAAAUGGCUCAAUAA